AUGAGAAAGUCCACAGGGAACAACUCGUCAAUCUACGUAGUUAAGAGUGAUGCAGGAAGUAUUACCCCGCAUUGGAGAAAAUGGAGGAUGGUUUUCAUCGAAAAGAAGGCACGCAAUUCACUUCAAAAGAGUGCUCAAGACUCGGAACGACGCCGACGGCACGAUUGGGUGAUUUGA